UUCCUCCUCCUCCUUCACCACAGCCGCCCUGAGCGUGACACCAACAUGGAGCCCGAGGACCUGCCGUGGCCGGGCGAGCUGGAGGAGGAGGGGGAAGAAGAGGAGGAGAAGGAGGGGGAGGAGGAAGAGCCGGCAGUGAACGACCUUGCAGUGGAGGACGACGAUGUGGUUGUGGAAGACUACGCGGUGGAGGAAGACUUUAUGGUGGAGAAAGACUAUGCGGUGGUGAAAGACUAUGCGGUGAAAGACUAUGCGGUGGUGAAAGACUAUGCGGUGGUGAAAGACUACGCGACCGUGGAAGACUAUGCGGCGCCGGAGGACGAAGCUUCGGUGGUAGUGGACGAAGCGGUGGUGGCCGAAGAAGCGGUAACGGAGGAGGACUCGUCUAAGUCGGACGGGACGGUGGUGGUGGUGGAGGUGGAGGAAGAGGUGAGGCCGGAGGUGGACUUGGAUUUCGACCUCGAGUUCCAGCCUCAGUCCCGUGAGAGUACCGACGCCGAGGUGGAUGACGAUGACGACGACGACGACGAGGAGGCCAAGGCCUGGCUGCAGGCGCCCCCCGCCCCGAGUUUCCCUCCACCGCCUCCGCCGAGGCACAGCUACUUGACGGGCGAGCUGACCUCCGCGGAGAAGAUUGUUCCACUGACCUGUAACGUAUGGCAGCAGCCAUUAUAUGAAGGCAAUGUUAGAACACAAAUUUCUGAUACCAGUUCUGUCUCAUUGGAAACAACAAGCCAAUGGAGUUCUGAGGAUGAUCAGAGAACAGAAUGUUGGCAUGGUCUUCCACAAGAAAAAGAAACUUCUAAAACCUUGGAUACAUCCCAGACCAGGAUUAAUUUGAAAGCAGAAAGACCUGAAGUGACAGAGUCUUCUUCUUUGGAAGAAGGUGUAUUGACCCAGUCAGAAGGCCAGGUGAAGAAAUUGAGCAGAGAUCUUUCAUGCUCUCCACUGCUAGUAAUACAGGAUAACUUUGCUACUCCUGAUUUGCCUUUGCUGACAUGUUUGACACAAGACCAGGAGUUUGGGCCUGAUUCCUUAUUUCACCAAAGUGAACUAGAUUUUGCACCUCUGAGAGGAAUUCCUGAUAAAUCUGAAGAUACUGAAUGGUUUUCCCGACCGUCAGAAGUUAGUGAAGCUUUGCUCCAGGCUACUUCAGAAGGAUCUUCAGAUUUGGUUAACAGUUGCUUUAGUGUAUCUCAGUAUCCACUUAUAAGUAGCACCACUAUUGGGUCUCAGCAUUCUUGUUUAUCUCCUGAGCAAGAGAACGAAGAGCAUGGUUCCUCUGAUGUUCUUGAUGAUCUGAAAACCCCCAAAGACUUUGACAGUUACGAUGUUCUUUGUUCAUAUAUGUCAUGGAAAACAGGAAAAAAUACAAAGCAGUCAAAAAACAAUUUAGCUGAAAAAGACCAAGUUUCAAUUUCAACUUUAUCUGACAUUAGUGAUGAAAAUAUAGCUACUAAGUCAAACGAGAGUUUUGAUGCUUCUUCUGAACAUCUGCAGUGUUGGAAAGAGGAAGCUUUACAGCAAGUAGAAACAUGUCUAAACAAUACAGACAAUAUUUGUUUUCCACAAGAAGUUGCUCCUCCUCCUCCUAGUAAAAGAUCAUAUUCUUUCUUGCGAUGUUUAUUGGAAAGAAGAGGAAAAAAAGGGGCUCCCGUGACCCCUGAUAGUCAUUAUUUUGAGAGUGUUGAUUCAAGAGUUCCAGCUGAGAAUGAGGUGAAACAAAAGAUGGAUUCUUUGGAGGGUUAUGAAGGAAAUGAAGAUCUGCAGGAAGAGCUGUCCCAAUAUUUUGAACAAAAUGAGCCUAGAAGUAAUUUGGCUUCUUCAGAGGUAUAUCCUACUUCUCCAGAGAUGAAGUAUGCUGAGAAUGUUGUAGUUGUGGAUAAUUCUGGACGGGUUUCAGAAGCUCAUAUAUGCUCCAAGGGACAUGAUAUCUCUAAGACUAAGGCUUCUGCUGGUCCUCUUCAGACAGUUAAAUUCAAGGUGGAUGACACUUCAGAGCCACUGUAUUUUGAAGAGGAAAGAAACCAAAAGGCACCUUCUAUUUUUGGUGAGGAUAAUAUUGAUGCUACUGAAAAUGUAGCCUUUGAGGCUAUUAUUGCCUCUAUUGAGUCUUCAAAGACAGACAUUACUGUAAGUGAAAUCCAAACUGACAUCAAUAAAUCCUUAACAGAUGACAGACAAGAGAGACAAUCCCCAAAUUCACAUCUUUCCCUAUUAAAAUAUACUGAUGAAAAUUCUUUCUCUGAUAAGUUUAAGGAUCCAGACUAUCAGUCUACUUUUGGGGUGUGUGAACCAGCAGCUUCAAAAUCAUUGUUGCAUAAAGAAUAUGAUGUUAGUUCCCUACAUUGGUAUCCAAAUAUAAAAUCAUCCCCCAAUGCUCCUCAGAACAUGUUCAUUAAGCCACAUUUUGUUAUUUCAGAGCAUAAACCAUCUGUUUCUUUAAGUGAAAACCAGGCUAUUGGUCAAGGGAAAACACAGUCAGCUUUAUUUCAGUGUGACAAACACAAUGAACCGUUUCUUCCCACUGGGAAGAUAAAGUCCAUUUCUGUUCUUGAUUUUGCAAAGAAGGUAGGAUCUUCAAACAUUAUUUGUCCAAUGAAACAAGAUUUAAAGCAGCAGACCUUUGAAGAAGUUGCAGAUUCCUCAGACCAUAAUUUGGAGGACCUGCAUGGGAAGCCUAAGUCUGAUGUCAUUACUCUGGAUGGUGACACUGAAUGCCAUAGCCUGGAUGAAAAUGCUGCUGUGUGCUGUGAAAAAGUUGAACUUCAAGGAAAAACAUGUGAUCAAUAUAACUUAACUGCUGGUGAAUAUGUUGAACUAGCAACUUUAGAGAACUUGCUUGAUGAUCUUUGUGAGAGCUCCUUGAAUUGGCAGCCUACUUUACAACUAUCAUCUAAGGAGAACAAAUCUGUAAGUCAUUUGAAUUUGUGCAUUGAUCAAUCAUUUUCAUCUACAUUGCCUUCAUUUGUUCCUCAUGAGCCAACUAGAGACUCGGAACAUCAUUCUUCAAAUCUGAGAAUGUUGAGGGUAUCGCCUGACACUGUACCAACAACUGUAGGAGAUACUACAGAAGGAGGCAAAGCUGAAAUUACUGAAUCUAAGUUGAAAUCAGUUAUCACUACCACUCCUGGAGAUUCAGAAGUUGGAUCUCAUUUAUCUGUGUCCCUUGAGGAAUUAUCUCGGUUGGCUGCAAGUUCUUCUCAAGAGAAUGCUAUUGGUCAGCACAUUGAUGCGCUUAGUAAAAAAGCAGUGACAGAUAGUCAUUUAACUGAAGAGAAUCUGAAAGUCUCAGAUAUUUGUGAGCCACCUGACCAGAACACUGGGAUAACAACAGUACCUGCAACUUCUUACUCAGAUAAGCAGAGGCCCGGUAAUUUAUACCAGGAGGGUUUACCAGAAGGUUAUCUAACUGGUCAGCCACUGACAUCUGAUGACCAGAAGUCUGGGACAGCAACAGUAUCUUCUACUCCCUACUUUCCUAGAGAGAAGCUUAAUGUUUCCUUCCAGCAGGUGUUGCCAGAUGGGUAUCUAACGGAGGGGGCUCUAAAAGGUUCAGCUGCUCUUGGACCAACUGAUCAGAAGACUGAAAUACCUGUAGUAGUCUCUAUUUCUUCCUCACAUAGAGAUAAGCCUGGUAUUUUCUAUCAGCAAGUUGAGCCAGAAGGCCACCUACUUAAAGAAGCUCUAAAAACUUCAGCUCCUCUUGGACCUGCUGAUCAGAAUAUUGGGAUACCACUUCCAACCUCAACUUCCUACUCACAAAAAGAGAAGUCUAAUAUUUUAUACCAAGAGAGCUUGCAGGCUAAUCAUCUAACUGAUCGGCCACUGACAAUUUCAGCAGCUACAAAAUCAACUGACCAGACAACAGGCAUACCAACUCUAACCUCUGCUUUCUACUCACAACAAAAUAAGCCUAAUACUUUGUAUCAACAGUCUCUGCCAGGUAGUCAUUUACCUGAAGAGACUGUGAAAGUUUCAGCCACUUUUUUUCCAGCUGUCCAGACAACUGGCAUACCGACAGUAACCUCUACCUCCUAUUCACAAAGUGAUAAGCCUGAUACUUUCUACCAUCAGUCUCUGGUAGGUAGCCAUCUACCUGAAGAGACUGUGAAAGGUUCACCCCCUCUUAUUCCAGCUGACCAGUUAACUGGCAUACCAUCUGUAACCGCUGUUAAUUUACAGAGAGAUAAAUCUGAUAUUUUCCACCAACAGUCUCUAUUAGGUAGUCACCUACCUCAAGAUACUCAGAAAGCUUCAGUAACUCAUAGGCCAGCUGUCCAGAAGAGUGCCAUACCAAUUGUAACUCCUGUUCCCUAUUCAUCCAGAGAGGAACCUAGUAUUUCCUACCAACAAGUGUUGCCAGAGAGUCAUUUAAAUGAGGAAAAUCUGAAAGCUUCAGUUAUUUCUGGAUCUGAUGACAAGAAGACCAGUAUAGCCACAGAAUCUUCUGCUUUAUACUCAAAUGGAGAAAAGUCUCAUACUUUUUAUCACCAGUCCUUGCCAGAAGGUCAUUUAGGUUAUCAGGCUCUGCAAGUUUCUGCUGUUUCUGCAUCCUCUGAUCAAAAGGGCGGAGUAGCAGUAGUUUCCUCUGCUUCAUACUCACAUGGAGAAAGAUCCCAGGCUUUUUAUCAUCAGGCCUUGCCGGAAAGUCAUCUAGGUCAUCAGGCUUUGCAGGUUUCUGCUGUUUCUGCAUCCUCUGAUCCAAAGGGUAGAGCAGCAAUAGUCUCCCCUGCUUCAUUCUCACAUGGAGUAUCUGGUAUUUAUUUGCUACAAGGAUUACCAGAUAGUCAUCUAACUGAGAAGACUCAGAAAGGUUUAGAUGUUACUGAGUUAGCUGACCAGAGUGCUAAGAUACUAACAAUAAAUUCUAGUUCUUACCCAGAAAAAGAGAAGCCUGAUAAUUUUUACCAACAAACCUUGUCAGACAGUCAUUUAACUGAAGAGUCUGUGAAAGUUUCAACUGUUUCUGAAUCAGCUGACCAGAAGACCUGGAUACCAACAAUAACCUCUAAUUCUUACUCGCAAAUAGAGACAUCUAAUAUUUCCCACUAUCAGACAUUAUCAGAUAGUCAUCUAACUGAAGAGUUGCAGAAAGUUUCAGUUGUUCCUGGACCAGGUGACCAAAAGAUUGGUAUAGCAUCAGAAUUGUCUAGUUCCUACUCUCAUAGAGAGAAGCCUAUUAUUUUUUUCCAACAGACCCUGCCAGGGAGUCAUCUACUUCAAGAAGCUCUGAAAGUUUCAGCUGAUUCUGGAUCAACUGACCAGAACUCUGGGAUACCAGCAGUACCCUCUACUUCCCGCUCAUAUAUAGAGAGGCCUCGUGUUGUCUAUCAACAGGAGUUGCCAGAUAGUCAUCCAAUAGAAAAACCUUCAAAAGUUGUAGUUGUUCCAGGACCCGUUGGCCAGAAGGCUGAGAUAUCAAUACUAUCUUCUACUCCCUAUUUGCAGAGAGAGAAGCCUAUCAUUCUCUUUCAACACACCCUUCCAGAUAGUCAUCUAAUUGUAGAGGCUAACAAAAUUUUUUCUGUUUCUGGAUCAGCUGAUCAAAUAUCGGGGGUAUCAACAAUACCCUCUACUUCCUACAUAUAUAAAGAGAAGCCCAGUAUUUUCUAUGAGCAGAAGCUGUCAGAGAGUCCUCUAACUGAAGCACCUCUGAACAUUUCAGGUACGUCUGGAACAACAGAUCAGAAAACAGAGAUACCAAUACUACCUUCUACCUCACAAAGAGAGAAGCCUGGUAUUUUCUACCAGCAGGCUGUACCAGGUAGUCAUAUACCUAGAGAGACUCUGAAAGUUUCAGCUGUUCCUGGUCCAGCUGACCAGAAUACUGGGACACCGACACUUGGCAAGGAGUCUAUUAUUUUCUACCAACGUGUUUUGCCAGAUAGCCCUCUAACUAAUGGUACUUUGAAAGUUUCAGAUAUAUCUGGACUGACUGAGCAGAAGACAGGGACACCAGUGGGACCUUCAGAUUCCUUCUCACUUGGAGAAAAGCCCAUUAUUCUUUACCAACAGGCCUUCUCAGAUGCUCAGCUAACUAAAGAAGGUCUGAAGGUUUUAAUUAUUCCUGAAGCAGUUGACCAGAAGCCUGGGAUACCUCCUUUAACCUCUUCUUCCUCCCCAAAUCAACAGAAAACUAUUUCUUACCAACAGGAAUUGCCAGAUGGUAGUCAGACUGAAAAGACUAUGAAUAUUUCAGUUGUUCCUGGACCAACUGACCAAAAGUCUGGGAUAUCAGUAGUACCAUCUGAAGUUUCUUUCCAGCAAUAUUUGCCAGGUCAUAGUGAAGAAGUUACUUACUCACAUAAAGAGAAGCCUGUUAUUUCUUACCAGCAAGAGUUGCCAGAUACUACUUCAGAAACACUGAAAGUGUUAGGUGUUCCUAGACUUGCUGAUGAAAUGUCUGGAAUAUACAUAGUACCUUAUCGCUACUCAGAGGAAGAGGAACCUGUUACCUCUUACCAGCCAGAGGUACCAUCUCUCAUUGAAAGAACUCUGAAAACGGGGGUUUCUGGACCUAUAAAACGGAAGACUGGGUUACGAUUAAUGACCUCUAGUCCCUACUCUCAUAUAGAGAAGCCCAUGCUUUUCUCUCAACCGGAGUUUCCAGACAGCCAUCUCACUGAAGAAGCUCCAGAAGUUUCAGUAGUUUCUGUAUCAGCAGAGCAGAAGAUACCAACAGGACCUUCUGGUUCCUCCUUUCAUAGAGAGAAUCCCAGUGAUUUUUACCAACAGACCUUACCAGAUGGUGAUCUAACUGAAGAGUCUCUGAAGUCUUCAACUGCUCCUGGGCUAACUGAUCAGAAUAGGAGUCCUACAGUACCAAGUUCCUACUCUCAUAAAGAGAAACUCAAGAUUUCAACUGCAGAUCUACCGGAUGACCAGAAGACGGAGUUACCAACAGCUACCCAUAGUUCCUACUUACAGAGAGAGAAGCUCAAGGUUUCAACUGUGAUUGGACCAGAUGAUCAGAAGACUCCGUUGGCAGUUUUUCAUAGCUUCAAUUCUCAAAAAGUAAAGCCUGGUAUUUUCCUUCAAGAGCAGUUGCCACAUAAAGAACAAAGUAAAAAUAUUCUAAAGAUUUCAACUGUCCCUGAACCAACUGAUGUAAAAACUGGGAUACCAAUACCUCUACCUGGUUCUCAUUUACAUCAAGAGAAAGCUAGUGUUAUUUCUUCACAGGAAUUGCCAGACAGACAUUUACCUGAAGAUGUGCUAAAGGUUUCAACAGUUUCUGAACCAGUGGACCAGAAAACAGUGUUGCCAACAGCUUCUUCCAGUUCCUUUUCACAUAAAGAAAAAUGGAGUAGUUUUUAUCAGAAGGAUUUGCCAGAUAAACAUCUAACUGAAAAUUCUCUGAAGGUCUCAAGUGGUCUUGGGAAAGCUGAGCAAAUUAUUGGAUUACCUAAAGUUUCCCCUGGUACUUAUUCACAUGACAAGAAGCAAGAACUUGUAUCAGAACAUGUCCAAAGGCUAGCAGAUAAUUUGAAUUCUGACUCCAAUGUCAGCUCAAACAAUAUGCUUUUAAAUUCUCAGGCUGAUGAUGGAGUUAUAAUAAGUAAGCCAGAAUCUCAGGGCUUUGGAGAUGUUGUCUCUGAGGAAAUCCAGGAUUCAGAUAACAGUUCCAAAACUCUUAAAGAAAUUCGGACUCUUUUAAUGGAGGCAGAAAAUAUAGCCCUGAAACGAUGCAAUUUUUCUGCCCCCCUUGUCCCUUUCAGAGAUGUUAAUGAUAUUUCAUUUGUACAACCGAAGAAGAUGGUUUGCUUCAAAGAACCCUCCAAAACUGAUGUAACUAAUAAUGAAGUGUUUCAGAAACAAAAGUUUACAGAGGAAAGCCCAAGUAUCAGGUGCAUACAGAAGGAUAUUGGCACACAGACAAAUUUGAAAUGCCAGAGAGGCAUUGGAAAUUGGGAGUUUAUUAGUUCAACUACAAUCAGAAGUCCUCUACAGGAAGCAGAAAGCAAACCCAGAGUGUCAUUAGAUGAACCUUUUAGGCAGUAUGAAGCAGCCAGAUCUGUGAUGAGAUCUGAACCUGAAGGGAGUAGUGGAACCAUUGGGAAUAAAAUGAUUAUCCCUAUGAUGACUAUCAUAAAAACUGAUUCAAGUAGUGAUAUAAGUGAUGGAAAUGGUUCCUGCUCAUGGGACAGUAAUUUAUCAGAGUCUUUGGAAUCAGUUUCUGAUGUUCUUCUAAACUUUCUUCCAUGUGCUUCACCCAAGACAAGUGUAACAGAUAGCAGAGAGGAAGAGUGUAUGUCAGACAGUGAGGAUGGUUGUGGUAGUGUAGAUUCACUAGCUGCACAUGUGAAAAAUCUUCUGCAGUGUGAAUCCUCUUUGAAUCAUGCCAGACAAAUACUUAAAAAUGCAGAGGAAGAGGAAAGUCGGGUACGAGCACGAGCCUGGAAGCUGAAGUUGAAUCUAGCACAUGAUUAUGGAUACUCCAUUUCAGAAUUAAAUGAAGAUGACAGAAGAAAAGUAGAAGAGAUCAAAGCAAAGCUGUUUGGUCAGGAGAGAACAACUGACUUCUCAGAGGGUUUACAGAGUCCACGAGGAAUAGGAUGCCCAGCUGAGUCUGUUUGCAGUCACAUUAUUAUUGAGAGCCAUGAAAAAGGAUGUUUCAGAACUGUAUCUACUCAACCACCACAAGUGAACAGCCACCCUUGUCUUUUUAGAUCUGCUGAACCCUCAGAACUGAUCAGAGGACAACGGAGCCCAACACCCUGGAGAACCAGGCACAUCAACUUUUGUAAAUCACUAGAUCAGAACAACCCUCAUCUCAAAGUUUGGAAUUCUUUACAGUUACAAAGUCGUCCCCCAUUUCAAAAUGUUAUGCAUGAUGACUUCAAAAUUAGCAAGAGUUUUGGAAUGCCAUUCAAUGAAAACAUAGACCCUUGGUUGUCAGAGAUAGAACCUGCUUUUGUGCCACCUAAGGAAGUGGAUUUUCAUUCUUCACCACAAAUACUGCCCUCAGAACCCAUGAAACAGUUUACUACUUCCAUCACUUUUUCAUCUCACCGACAUUCUAAAUGCAUUUCAGAUUCCUCUGUUUUUAAGGUUGGUGUUACUCAAGGUAGCCAGUAUACUGGAGCACCUAUGGGGGUAUUUAAUUCUCAUGUCACUGAAGAGCAAAUUUCUCCUAGAGAUCUUAAACAGAAAACCUCUUCCCCUUCAUCAGUUAAAAAACUUAGUUAUUUACCAGAUAAAGAAAUGACUAUUUUAACAGAAGGGAGUAGGCAAAGCCAAACAUUACCUGUUGAUUUUGAGCAUUCUCACCAAGAAGAAAAACUCUUAGAAAGAUCAGGUUUUAAAGUCAGUCAUUCUGAGCCCAGAAAUGGUAGCAAUUUCAAGGAAGUUCAGUUUUCUGAUAACCAUACUCUAAUUAGCAUGGGCAGACCGAGUUCCACUCUAGGAGUAAAAGAGAAGAAUGUAAUUAUAACUCCAGAGCUUCCUUCGCACAUUUUUCUUGAACAACGAGAGCUCUUUGAACAAAGUAAAUCUCCACAUACAGAUCACUAUGUGAGAAAACACCAUUCUCCCCCUUGUCUAAAUCUUCCUCCUUGCAUUUUUCUUGAACAAAAAGAACUCUAUGAACAAAGCAAAGUCCCACAUGUAGAUCAUGAGAUGAGAGAAAGCCAUACUCCCUUUCCUCAAUGUCAGGAUUCUGUAGCAUCAAACCUUCAUUCUCCUAUUUGUCUUGAACAACAUCAGAGCAAAGCCCCAGGUGUAGAUGCCCAACAUUUCCUUUUUUUGAAAGGUCAGGAUUGUGUGGUAGAAAAGAAUCAACAUAGACCCAAGUCACCCAUUUGUAAUUUGAUAAAUGUUGAAGCCAAGUUCGAUAAUGUGAUUUCCCAGUCGGCCCCCGAUUACUGUCAAUUAGAAACAUCUGCAUCUACUUCACCAUCAAAUAGAAAAGCACUUUCAUGUAUUCGUAUAACUCUUUGUCCCAAGACUCCUUCCAAGCUGGAUAGUGGAACCUUAGAUAAAAGGUUUCACCUGUUGGAUCCUGCUUCUAAAACAAGGAUGAAUAGUGAGUUUAAUCGUGGCCUACAAAGUAAAUCUUCGGAAUCAUUGGAACCAACCUCCAAAUUAUUGACCAGUAAACCUCUAGCACAGGAUCAAGAACAUGUAGGUUUUCUAGGACCUAAAUCUCCUCCGGACUUGCAAGCUGUACAAUCUCCUUUUCCAGAUAGUAAGACUAUUAUUCAGGACUUGAAAAACUUACCUUCUCAGAAUAGCCAGAUAGUUACCUCAAGGCAAACACAAGUGAACAUUUCAGAUUUGGAAGGAUAUUCCAAACCAGAGGAGACUCCGGUAUCUGCAGAUGGUUCACAAGAACAGAGUAGGCCUCCCUACUGUGCUUCCUCUGGAAAGUUAUCAUCUGAUGCUGUCACUCAGAUAACAACAGAAAGUCCAGAAAAGACCAUGUUUUCAUCUGAGAUUUUUAUUAAUGCGGCUGAUUGUAAAGAACCCAGCACCCAAAAGCCGCCCAAAGUUCCUGUGAAGUUUGGUUCAUCGUCUUCAGUGCAACAGAUUAGUCCGUCUCAUGGUGCAGAUGCUCAGCCUGUACUAUUGCCAUACAAACCAUCUGGUAGUCAGAAGAUGUACUAUGUUCCACAAUUAGAAGCAAUCUCUUCAUUUCCAGAAUGCAAAUCAUCAGAUACUACCCUUGAGAGCUCACAUUCAGGAUCCAAUGAUGCUAUUGCUCCAGACUUUCCAGCUCAAGUGCUAGGCACAAGGGAUGAUAAUCUCCCAGAUACUGUAAAUAUUAAACAUGAAGAAGGGAUCUACAGUAAAAGGGCUGUAACUAAGGCAUCUUUCUUGGUUGGGAAAAAGCCCUUUCAGAAAGGUGAUUCAGAGGCUCCAAUUCAAGUGCCAGAAAUUCUCUCAGGUAAAAAUAAAGAAGAGAUAUUUAGUCAAAGUGUUGUGACUAAGAUUGCCUGGCCUGAAGGAAAUGAAUGUUUGCAGAAAAACACUGCAGAUUCCAGUGAUACUACCACUGCUGAGGACUCAGCUCAAGUAGUAGACAAGAAGAUUGAAAACCUACCAGAAACUAAAGCCUUUAAACAGAAAGAAGAAAUUCAUAUUAAAAGAACUGUUUGUAAGGAAGCUGGGCCAAAAGAGAAAGAAUCCUUACAAAUAGAUAUUUCAGAGUCCAAGUGUCACUCAGAAUUUGAAAAUACUACUCAUUCUGUCUUCAGAUCAGCCAAGUUCUAUUUUCAUCAUCCAGUGCAUCUACCAAAUGAUCAAGACUUGUGUCAUGAGACUUUGGGAAAAAGUGCUCUUAUGAGGCAGUCAUGGAAAGAUUUCUUUCAGCAUCAUUCAAACAAACUUAGAGAGCCCACUUGUCUUCCUAUUUCUUGUCAAAGUGUGGAUAAGACUAAGAUGGAUUAUACCAGGGUAAAGAGCCUCAGCAUCAAUAUGAAUGUGGGAGACAGUGAAGAGGCACAUGCUACUAAAAGUCAGGCCAGAGAUAAUCUAAAAAAUAAAAGACAAAUUAAUGAUCCAAAUAAAGACCAUAAAGUCAUCACAGAGCUAGUAACACAGCCUACUACAAGUUUGAAUGAACUCUGGAACAAAUACCAGGAACGACAGAAGCAACAGAAACCACUUGAUGUCAAUGACAAGAAAGAACUGUCUUUGAUAGAGCGUCUUGAUCGUCUGGCUAAACUUCUUCAGGAUCCCAUCACACACUCUCUUCAGGCCUCAGAAAGUACACUAGAUGGUAGCAGAGGGGAACGCGACUUUAAGGAAUGGAAUAAUAAACAACAGAAAAACAAACUUCAGAAGCAGAAGCGCUAUAGAAGUCUAGAAAAAGGCCAUAAAAACAUAGGUGAUCUUAGAAAAGGCAAAGUAGCUUCUCAGACUGGGAAGUCCAGUCAGAUUAAGAUUGAACAGAUUAAAUUUGAUAAAUAUAUUCUGAAAAAACCAGGUUUAAAUUAUAUCAGCAACACUUCUUCAGAUUCUAGACCUUCAGAGGAAAGUGAGCUGCUCACAGAUACUCCCACCAACAUUAUUUCCACUACCACUUCUCCUGGGGACUCAGAUAUAUUAACCCAAACAGACAGAGAGGUUACUUUGCAUGAAAGGAGUAGCUCCAUUUCCACCAUUGACACUGCAAGACUGAUCCAAGCUUUUGGCCAUGAAAGAGUAUGUUUGUCACCCAGGCAAAUUAAGUUAUAUAGCAGCAUCACCAACCAACAGAGGAGAUACCUUGAGAAGCGUUACAAGCAUACCAAGAAAGCAUUGAAUAUAGGUCAUCCCCAAAUGACUUCUGAGCACACCAGAAGGAAGCACAUCCAGAUGGCAAACCACACGAUUUCUUCUGACUCAGUUUCAUCUGCCAGUAGUUGCUUGAGUUUGAACUCUACUCUUUGUACUGAGCAAAUAGUGCCCACGUUCAACAAAGGCAUCCAAGCAGGUAACUUAGAGAUUGUGAGUGAUGUCAGUAAACAUACUCGUGAUGUUGGGGUGACUUUCCCAACUCCAACUUCUAGUGAGGCCAGAUUAGAAGAGGACUGCGAUGAGACUUCUUUGUCAGAAGAAAUAAUCAAAGAGAAAAUGUUCUUUGCCAGUUCUCUUGGAGACAGAAAGUUAAGAAAGAAGCAGAAUUCCUGUGAAGGAGUUUCGUGGUUUGUUCCUGUGGAAAACGUGAAGCUUACAACUAAGAAAGAAAACCUUCCCAAGAUUUGUGGUCCUGGUAUCUCCUGGUUUGAACCAAUAUCUAGAACCAAACCUUGGAGGGAGCCUCUUCGAGAACAGAACUGGCCAAGGCAAUGCACACUUGGUUGGGGCUUACAGCCAGGCCCAGGAGGAGAUGUUGGCCAAGAGCAACUGACACCAUUCGUGAGGACAACUCUACAGGAAUCACUUCAGCUUCACAGACCUGACUUCAUCACCCGCUCUGGGGAGCGGAUUAAGCGCCUCAAGUUAAUAGUUGAGGAAAGGAAGCUGCAGAAUGUGUUUCAGAGUGAGCGGAAUGAGCUGUUCAAUGCCACGCACCCCUUACCUAGGAAAGUUCUCAUGAUGGUCCAGAAGAACAAGCCUAUUGGGAGGAAGGAGAUGAUUCAGAGGUCUAAACGGAUUUAUGAGCAGCUUCCAGAAGUACAGAAAAAGAGAGAAGAAGAGAAGAGGAAAUCAGAAUAUAAGUCCAACCGGCUGCGAGCUCAGCUCUUCAGAAAGAGAUUGACCAAUCAACUCCUGGGGAGAAAAGUCCCAUGGGAUUAAUGUAAGAUUAUUUUCUCAGAGCCUUGGAGUUAUUUUUUUUUUUUAUGAACACUGAGAAACAUGUACUUAUUUUUGUGGAUCUGGUUUAAUAAAGCUUAUUCUUUGUG